ACUCGCCCCCGGGCCGCGAGCCGGCAGGGACUAUAGGAGAUGCGGGUGCGCCCCGGGGCCGAACAGCCAGGCUGGGCGCGGGCGCGAUUGCAUUUGCCAACGGCUGGGGCGAUCGAGGCGGCCAAUCCCACGGCGGGUGCCGCGGGAGGGGCAGGCGGGGCACGGGGGCUCGCUGAAGCCGGCCCCCGGCGCUGGGGGCGUGCCCGGUUAUUUCUGCUCAGGCAGUCAGCGAGGUACACCUGGUAUUAAAGUUCUUAUGCCUGCACUUUCUCCAACAAUGGAAGAAGGAAACAUUGUGAAAUGGUUGAAAAAGGAAGGUGACACAGUGAAUGUUGGAGAUGCAUUGUGUGAAAUUGAAACGGACAAGGCAGUGGUUACCAUGGAAUCAAGUGAUGAUGGCAUAUUGGCUAAAAUACUGGUGGAAGAAGGAAGCAAAAAUGUUCGCUUGGGCUCACUAAUUGGUCUGCUGGUAGAGGAAGGUCAGGACUGGAAGCAAGUUGAAAUACCAGCUGAUGCUGGUGGUCCAUCUUCUGUGGCUCCACCAGCACCUGCACCUGCCUCAGCUCCUGCAGCUCCUUCAGUUUCAGCCCCUCCUAAGCUGCAACAUCAACCUGGGAAAUUGCAGGUUCGCUUAAGUCCUGCAGCUCGUAACAUUCUGGAGACACAUGGACUAGAUCCAAGCAAUGUUACACCUACUGGGCCUCGAGGAAUCUUCACUAAAGAGGAUGCUCUCAAACUUCUGCAAGAGAAGCAGAAAGGUAAACCCAGUGAAUCAAAACCUGUGGUUUCUCCAGCUCCUGCUGCAGUGCCUUCUCCUUCACAAGCAACAGCCAUGACUUCCUAUCCAAGGCCAGCAAUUCCACCAGUUUCCACACCAGGACAACCUGCUGCACUGGGCACAUUCACAGAAAUCCCAGCUAGCAACAUCCGAAGAGUUAUUGCUAAGAGAUUAACAGAGUCUAAAACCACCAUACCUCAUGCAUAUGCUGCUGCUGACUGUGCCAUUGAUGCUGUUUUGAAAUUAAGAAAAGAAUUGGCCAAAGAUGACAUUAAAGUAUCUGUAAAUGAUUUUAUUAUCAAGGCAACAGCAGUUACUCUGAAGCAAAUGCCAGAUGUGAAUGUAACCUGGGAUGGGGAAGUCUGCAGGCGGCUGCAGUCCAUUGACAUCUCCAUUGCCGUGGCAACGGACCGAGGGCUCAUUACACCAAUCAUAAAAGAUGUUGCUGCCAAGGGAAUACAGGAAAUUGCUGCCUCUGCAAAGGCUUUAGCAAAGAAGGCCAGAGAUGGAAAACUGUUACCAGAAGAGUACCAGGGAGGAUCUUUUAGUAUCUCCAAUCUGGGCAUGUUUGGCAUCAGUGAUUUCACAGCAGUCAUAAACCCUCCUCAGGCCUGCAUCCUCGCUGUGGGCCGAGCAAGACCAGAGCUCAAGAUUGUGGAGGAUGAAGAAGGGAAUGAGAAACUUGAGCAGCAUCAACUCAUGACAGUGACUCUCUCAAGUGAUGGUCGAGUGGUGGAUGAUGAACUGGCUUCAAAGUUUCUGGAGACCUUGAAAGCCAAUAUAGAGAAUCCAAUGCGACUGGCCUUAAAUUAAACUCAGUGAAGAUUGCUUCCUGGUUUGGCAACAUAGAUAAAAAUUAUAUACUUAGGAUUGUUUUUCUGUAUAGAGGAGUAAAUAGCUGAAGACGGACAGUUAAAAAUAUUUAAUUUAUGAAUUAAUGUGAAACACUCAUGAUUUUAGUCUUCUGUAAUAAUCAGGUUUUGUACUGUAAAGCUAAAAGACUUUGAAGUUAACAUACCACAUUUCUUUAAAUACUUAGUACCAAUGGCACAAGUUUGCAUAGGAAAAUCAAUCUCAUCUGUUAAAAAACUCAAUAAAACUUCAUGAAAUAUAAAAGGGAAUAAUAGAAUAAUUUGGUUUGGAAGGAACUUUUAAUGGUCAUCUAGUCCAGCUUCUCCUGCAAUGACCAAGGAUGUCUUCUGAGCCCCACCCACCCUGACCUUGAAUGUUUCCAGAGAUGGGGGAUCUUCUGCCUCUCUGGGCAACCUGUUCUGUUACCACCCUCACUGUAAAAAUCUUCCUUAUAUCUAGUUUGAAUCUACCUGCUUUCAGUUUAAAACUACCACCCCUUCUCCUAUUGCAACAGGCCCUGCUAAAAACUUGUUCCAGUCUUUCUUAAAAGCCUCCUUUAAGUAUUGAAAAAAACAGAACUUAAUUGUGCAAGCAGUGUUCUCAUAGAGGUCCCAGUAUGAAAGGUCAAAUUUCGCACACUGAAUAGUUGCCAAUUGAUGCUGUUCUUUGCAUGGAUGGAAUGUAGAUGUAAGUAGAAAAUGUUUCAUCUUCAGUGUAUAUUGAAAUGUUAUUUGGAGGCUCAAGUGCAGUGGCCUGAACUUUAACAGAAUUAGAUUGGUAUCUUUCUUACAUAUUAAUAUGGAACCACAUACUGCAUGUAAAUGUUAUGAAAUAACUGUUUACAGGACCUCAUGAGAAUAUAAAUUGUCAAUAGAAUUGUGGGAGUUUGUUUUAUUCUGGUUUGUGCAACUGCUUUUUCCUAAUAAUUUGUAGGAAUUAAUUAUGGCAGCAGCUUAACAAGUAAACAGCUACUUGCAGGACAACCUUUACUUAA